UUAAGAAAAAUAAAGUCCGCUUGAAAGCAAGUCGAUCACAUAGAAAAGGACAAAGAAGGAGCCACACUGUUAAUUCAUUUGAUUCCAAUCCUUCUUCUUUCUCUCUCUACUCUAAAUCCCAUUGUGUAGCAGCUCCGAUCAAAACCCAGUUGCAGUUAAUUAGAUUGUUUUCAUGGAGAAUUCGAGUAUUGUGAAGGACAGUUAUGAUACCGGAAAUAGUCACCUCCACUCCUUUUUUUCUUCUUCAUCUGCUUCUGUCAGACAUGUUAGCUACAGCUGUGGGGCUUGUGGAUAUGAGUUGAAUUUAAGCUCCUCUAGUCGAAAUACCUCAGCAAUCGGCUCAAAAUAUGGGAAAUCUAUAAAACGAGGGAUCAUCUCAUUUUUAGACAUCGAUGAGAGCAGAUUUACUCAGGCGGAGGAAUUCCAAUGCAUUCCCUACUUCUCAAAGAAUAAGUGGAGUCUAUUCCGCCGAAGAACUAAACUUCUUUGCCGUAAAUGUGGUAACCAUAUAGGAAUUGCGUAUGAUGAUGAAACUUCAACCUAUCCACUUGUGUCGGAUGGUUCAGAUUCAUCGUCAGCCAAUGAUUCUAAACGUAGAAAAUUUGAUGUUAAAAUUCGAGCUUUACAACCUUCAUCCAUUGAUAGUUUUGGAGUUCCGCAUUACAUGUGAAGUCUUGGAGGCAGCUUUUCAGUGAUUCAUGUUUUGAUUACUCAAAAACUAGAGAAAAAGUUUUUCUUGUGCUAUAAUCAUGUAUACAUGUAUUCAAACUAUUUUGUCCUAUUUUGUUUGUGUAUUUUACCCUCAUUUUGUUAGAAGAUAAAUGGGUGAGUUGUACAAAGCAUUAUUACAGCCUGAUUCGCAAGAAAAUAUGAUGGAGCAAAGUCCAUAACCAGAUUUUAUUGUAGAAUGAUAUUGUGAAAUCUUGAAUUGAGUUCAUUGAGUGAGCAGAUUUUGGAGAACCA